UCUAUAUUGUAGCGGAAAAAUGUAUAAGCCAAUAGACCUCCGUAAAUUCGCAAUUUCUCAGCUAGAGUAUGUGUUGGGAGAAAAUCCAAUGAGGAUGAGUUAUGUUGUAGGAUAUGGACUUAAGUAUCCUAAAUAUAUACAUCAUAGAGGAUCCUCAAUUCCAGUUGAUGCUAAAACGGGAUGCAGGGAUGGAUUCAAGUGGUAUGAUUCAGCUGAGCCUAAUCCUAAUGUGGCAUAUGGAGCUUUGGUGGGGGGUCCAUUUUUGAAUGAGACAUAUGAUGAUUUUAGGAACAACUCAAUGCAGGGUGAGCCAACUACUUAUAGUAAUGCACUUUUGGUUGGUGUUUUAUCUGGCUUGGUUGCCACUUCCUCUGUAGCUUGGUCUUUCUAGAACCACAUGUAUGAUGUAUAUAUGAUCCAAUUUUGGUGUGGCAUGUGUGAAUAUAUGCCCCCACAUUAGGGUUGAGUUUCUGAUAUGAAAGAAGAGUUGUACUAUACUUUCUUAUGUAUUUUGUAGAACUAACUUAUAUGUGCUUUUAAGUA